CAUUGUUGCGCAUGCUCUAAAGGACGUUGACCAACAUGGUGGACGUUCCUCGGAGAAUCCGCCAAGAGAAAAACUUUUAACAGUAAAGAAGAGGACGAGGUUUUUCUAAGUCCACCGCAGAGGAGACCUGCCGGACGUCUUAGACCAGGACCACUACAACACCGGGAUGAAGGAGGAAAACCAGGACCCGGAUUUUAUCGACCAGAUUCACUGCAAAACCAGGAUGAAGGAGGAAAACCAGGACCCGAAUUUCAGCGACCAGGAUCAUUACAAGAAUGGGGUAAAGGUGGAAAAUCAGGACCCGGAUUUUACCGAACGGAUCCACUACAAGAGCGAGAUUAAGGAAGAAACUCUGGACCCGAACUUCAACGACCAGGGCCACUACAAGACCGAGAUUAAGGAGGAGAACCAGGACCCGGACCACCGGAGCACGGAGCCCGCCGGUCCCACCGGUUCACAGAGUUUUCACACUAGAGAGAGGCCACGGCGUUUAGACCAGUGUGGGAAGACUUCACAUCAGCUAAAAACUGAGAGACCGUACGGCUGUGACCAGUGUGGGAAAACCUUUACGAAUCACUUUGCUUUACAAACUCACAGCCGCAUUCACACCGGAGAGAAACCGUACAGCUGUGAUCAGUGUGAGAAAUCGUUCUCACAGUUAGGGAAUCUGAAAAUUCACCAACGCAGUCACACUGGAGAGAAACCAUACGCCUGUGAUCAGUGUGGGAAAGCUUUUUCCACCUCAUCAAAUUUACUAAUCCAUUGGCGCAGUCACACUGGAGAGAAACCGUACAAGUGUGAGCAAUGUGGGAGAGGCUUUAUCACUUCGUCACAUUUACAUGUCCACCAUCGCAGACACACCGGAGAGAAACCAUACAGCUGUGAUCAGUGUGGGAAAGGUUUCCUACGACUGCGGAAUCUGAAAUCCCAUCAACUCUGCCACACUGGAGAGAAACCGUACAGGUGCGAUCAGUGUGGGAAAACAUUCUCGGAGUCAUGGAAUCUGAAAAUCCACCAGGGAAGUCACGCUGAAAAGAAACCAUUCAACUGUGAUCAGUGUGGGAAAGGUUUCACGCUCAAAGGGAGUCUGAAAACCCACCAACUCCAACACACCGGAGAGAAACCUUUCCACUGUGAUCAGUGUGGGAAAGGUUUUACCACCUCGUCAAAAUUAAGAAUCCACCUUUGCUGUCACACUGGAGAGAAACCACACAAAUGUGAUCAGUGUGGAAAAUCAUUCUCACAGUUAGGGAAUCUGAAAAUCCACCAGCGCCGUCACAGCGGAGAGAAACCGCACAAAUGUGAUCAGUGUGGGAAAACAUUCUCACAGUUGGGGAAUCUGAAAAUCCACCAGCGCCGUCACAGCGGAGAGAAACCGUUCAACUGUGACCAGUGUGGGAAAGGUUUCACCACCUCAUCUCAUUUAGAAAUCCACCGUCGCGUUCACACUGGACAGAAACCGUACAGCUGUGAUCAGUGUGAGAAAAGCUUCUCGCAGUUUGGAAGUCUGAAGACCCACCUACUCCAUCACACUGGAGAGAAACCCUACAUCUGUGAUCAGUGUGGGAAAGGUUUCUCACAGCUAGGAAGUCUCAAAAGACACAAAGGUGUUCACGCUGAUUCAGUGUAGGUUGAAGAGUCUGAAUAGUGAUUCAGCUGAGUGUGUAACAAUGCACCGUGUUGUGAUGUGUGUUGUGAUGUGACUGAUGAGACCGCUCUCUCUCUCUCAUUCCUCCUGUAGAAGUGUUUUCUCUGACCGUUGAUAUUUUAGGGUUAGGGUUAGGGUUAUCUGUAACAGCUGUAACUCAGCUGUUUGACAGAAAGAUUUGGUUUCAUUUCUGCAGUAAAGACGUCAGGAUACGAUGUGAACUCGCUUUCACUCGUCAUUAAUUUAUUUCCUCUGUGGCAUCAGAACAUGUUACAGCAGCCUCAACUGAACUGACCAAAGACUUUUACUCUGAAAAACUCACCACACACGGACGACAACACUAAUGAAUAGAAAUGUAAUUGAACCAGGAGAUAAAACCAGGAGUAUAUUAUGGACAACACAGUUCCUUUGUUUUACACUGUAGUCUGCAGAAUAAGAAACUGCAGGAAAGAUUUUAUUUUUACAUUUGAACUAGAAUUUAGUUAUAAUCAAUAAAACACUGAAAGAAACUGGGUUUUGUGGCAACAAGAGAUUUGAGAUAAGAGAUGUGUGUUUUGCAGUUUACACUGAGAAGCUAUGAGUAAUUAUUCUAAAACCUUCAUUCUUUCUUCAUAUAUCCUUAGAUGUAUUGUGAGUCCUGUAUCAAGUAUCGAACCGAACCGUGAGUUGAUUGAAUUGUUAAACCCGUCAGCUCUGUACGUGUUGCAGCUGCCUUCUUUACUUUUACACUAAUUGUGUCCUGACUCACUGAGAUGGAUGAUACUUUCAUUAACUCACUUUAUUCAUCUAAAACUCACUGUAUGUUAUGAACUUUAUUGUUGCUCUGUUAAGGAUGAAUUCUUGUCAAACAUUCAUGGAAGAUGUGAUGGGAGUAAAAUUAAACCCUGAUUAUUUUCAGAGUUUUGUAGAUGAUUUUCUAAUAAAAGAAAACACAAUCAGAAA